UACACAUGAGAAUCCACACAGGAGAGAAGCCUUUCAGUUGUGAUCUUUGUGCAUACAAGUGUAGCGUAAAAUCAAGUUUAAAAGUACACAUGAGAAUCCACACAGGAGAGAAGCCUUUCAGUUGUGAUCUUUGUGAAUACAGAUGUAGCUUAAAAUCAAGUUUAAACAAACACAUGAGAAUCCACACAGAAGAGAAACCUUUCAGUUGUGGUCUUUGUGGAUACAAAUUUAGCCAAAAAUCAAGUUUAAAUGUACACAUGAGAAUCCACACAGGAGAGAAACCUUUCAGUUGUGAUCUUUGUGGACACAGAUGUAGCGAAAAAUCAAGUUUAAAUGUACACAUGAGAAUCCACACAGGAGACAAACCUUUCAGUUGUGAUCUUUGUGCAUACAAGUGUAGCGUAAAAUCAAGUUUAAAAGUACACAUGAGAAUCCACACAGGAGAGAAGCCUUUCAGUUGUGAUCUUUGUGGAUACAAGUGUAGCGUAAAAUCAAAUUUAAAAGUACACAUGAGAAUCCACACAGGAGAGAAGCCUUUCAGUUGUGAUCUUUGUGGAUACAGAUGUAGCGUAAAAGAAAGUUUAAAUGUACACAUGAGAAUCCACAUGGAGGAUAAACCUUUCAGUUGUAAUGUUUGUGGAUACAGAUGCAGAGAUCAAUCAAGUUUAAACAAACACAUGAGAAUCCACACAGAAGAGAAACCUUUCAGUUGUGAUCUUUGUGGAUACAAGUGUAGCGUAAAAUCAAAUUUAAAAGUACACAUGAGAAUCCACACAGGAGAGAAGCCUUUCAGUUGUGAUCUUUGUGAAUACAGAUGUAGCUUAAAAUCAAGUUUAAACAAACACAUGAGAAUCCACACAGAAGAGAAACCUUUCAGUUGUGAUCUUUGUGAAUACAGAUGUAGCUUAAAAUCAAGUUUAAACAAACACAUGAGAAUCCACACACGAUAAACAUUUCAGUUGUGAUCUUUGUGGUCAUGGAUGUAUCCAGAAGCCAAUUUUAAACACACACAUGAGAAUCCACUAAAGAUGGACAUUCUAGUUGUGAUAUUUUAGGGACAGGAAAUGAGGACAAAUUCUAGUAUAAAUGGAAGUGUGAGGAUUUGAGUUUCUCUGUGUGUUUAUUUUAGGUUCUGUUCCUAGCGAGUCUGCUGUCCUGACUUCCCUUUUAUUGUUCCCAGGCGUAUUUCGUUCCUGAUUACACUCAGUGUAUUUAAAGUCACCUGUGUUCUUUCCUUGUCGGGUCCUGGUCAUAUUUCUCAUUGAGUGUAAAGUUAUCGUGUAGUCUGGCUGUAGUUUUUGUCUAUUGGUGUUUCCUGUUGUUACCAGUUGUCAAGUCUUAGCCUUCCACUUUCUCUCUCUGCUGUCAGGAUUUUGCACUUUGCAUUUUUUCUGGUGGAUUAUUACCAUUAAAAUCACCUUUUCUUCACUUCUACCAUGGUCUCAACGUCUGCCUCACCACUUCCAAAACACAAUUCAUGACAGGAAGACUCUAAGGAAAAACAGUUAUUCAGCUGUGAGUGUUGAAAUCUAUGAAACACUUAUGACAAUGGAAACUGAUUUAAAAUGGUAUUGCUGUAAAGCUUAUUGUGGAGAAUUUCUGUGCUUUUAAGGAUAACUUUUGUGUUUAGGUAUGUUUCUCUUCCACUAAAGUUUUGAUUUGAUUUUAUAGAAUACACUAGACAUUUUCUCUUGUAUUGCUGGAAAUGUGAUUUCUCACUGAGUUAAUACUAAUAAAUCAGAUUUCUAUAAGCA